ACUGGCCGCGCCUGGGCCCCGCUCGCGCGGUCGCCCGGCCGGGUUUUCAGAGCGCGCCCUGCCGCCGGCCGCCCGCGCGGAUCCCGGCCCUCGGCGCUCGCGUCCCGCGCCUCGCAGGGCGGAUCGGGCGCGCAGGGCACGCGGGAGGCGCGGGGGAGGCGCGGGGGAGGCGCGGCCUCGCGAGCGCCGUCGCCAUGGAGACGCGAGGCGGCGCGGGCGAGCGGUAUUUUUGGAGUUAAUGGAGCCAGAAGGACCCUUAGAGUCAGAGAGUUCAGAAAAAUCUGUCUUCUCACAGCCAGAAGAUGAAGAAUUCCAAGGAUCAAAGGAAACAGGCCUUGAGAACCCCCUACUGAAGCCUAUUCUUACUGGGGAUAUAGAAGGUUUGCGAAGGAUUUUUGAGGACCCUGAAGAUCCUCAUCACGACCACGUCAUGGAGCUACUCUUGGAAGAAGACGUUGUUGGGAGAAAUCUGUUGUAUGCAGCUUGCAUGGCCGGGCAGAGUGAUGUCAUUAGAACCUUGGCAAAGUAUGGUGUGAAUCUGAACGAGACAACCACCGGAGGGUACACCCUCCUACACUGUGCUGCAGCCUGGGGUCGUCUGGAAACCCUGAGAGCCCUAGUGGAACUGGAUGUCGAUAUAGAAGCGCUGAACUACAACAACGAACGAGCUCGGGACGUCGCAGCUCGGUAUUCCCAGGCUGAGUGCGUUGAGUUUCUGGACUGGGCAGAUGCAAGACUGGCUCUGAAAAAAUACAUCACGAAGGUCACUUUAACCAUUACGGACCCAGAAAAGGGACUGGGGAAGCUUCUGAAGGAAGACAAGAACUACGUCCUCAAUGCAUGUCGUGCAAAAAAUGAGUGGCUGGAAACCCACACAGACGCUUCCAUUGACGAGCUUUUUGAGCAGAAGCAACUGUUGGAAGAUACUGUGACUCCCAUCCUUGUGAAGAUGACUAUGCCACGUCCAGUGAAAAGUGCCAAAUCUGUAACCUAAGCCAUGGUCAGAAGAGAAGUCAAGAUCACACUUUCCACGGAACAUGCAUUUUGAUUCUAGUGUCAGCAAAAAUAGACCUAUUGAUGCCCCUUGAAGUCAAAAAACUUGAUGUGGGGUUUUAUAAAAAUGCUCAAGUACAAACUCAGUCAUCCUUGCUUUGCUUCCCCUGUGGGGCAUGCUGAUGUGCGGACUUGCCUCUCCUGCAAGCUCAGGUCCCUGGCUUUCAAAGGUCCUUCAGGAAAGCUCUUGGAUAGAAAUCAUUCACAAAGACUGUGUGGAAAACCACUUAGAAAACCUAAUAAUUUUCUGUGUAACUGACAUAAGAAAUUUUCAUUCAGCUGAGGAAGUCCAUUAGAAAAAGACAGCUAUUUCCUGAGGGGGAAAAAUUAUUUUCCCUUUCUCAAAAAGAAAUCUUAGCUUGACCUGGUGGUGCUCGCCUGUACUCCCAGCCACUCUGGAGCCUGAGCCAGCCUCAGCAACUUAAUGAGGCCCCAAAGCGACUUAGAGAGACCCUGUCUCAAAAUAUUUUUAAAAAGUGCUGGGGGAAUGUGGCUCAGUGGUUAAGUGUCCCUGGGUUCAAUCCCCUGGUACCAAAAAAAAAAAAAAACAAAAAACAAAAAACAAAAAAAACUUAUGGAAAGACAUUUUGGAAUAAGGAAAUAAUUGUUCAGAUCAGGGUCCUUUGGUUUUAACUAUUACUUUUUAUUUACAAAUUAAAAUUUACCUGUAAGGUAAGAUAUAGUCUCUCAGUAAAAUCCCUGUUUAUCUUUAACUUUUUUCUAUCUUUAGAUUAUUAAAAACAAAUCUGUGUAGUUUUAUAUUUAGAAGCUUUCCCUAUUCCGUAGGUUUGGCAGUAUAGAUAUAAUGGAACUUCACACGGUAUAGAUACUAUCAUGGAACUCCAUACAAGUAUCCCUCCUGUUCUGUUUUAUAUUUCCUAGAUUUUAAAUGUCAUAGUUGGUUUCCUACUGAUGAUUUGGAAAAUCAUUUUUUCUAGUUUAUUCAGAAGCCCCUAAACCUUCUAUGACCUUGUGGGAAAGUUUAAUAGAAAAGAAAAUGUUAACAAAAAAUCCCAUUUAUUCCUUGUUGUCUCCAAAAUUUUUAAAAUUUUAAAUUUUUUAAAAUUUGGGAUGUUUUUGAUGCAUGAGCACUUCAGUUUUAGUUUCCUUGAGCAAAAGCACAGGGUGAUUGGCGCCCCCCUCGCCCCGCCCCUGUUUCUGGGGGGCUCAGUGGGUGUUUACGGGACAGUACAAAGGAAAUCUGUCUGUUCUUUUCAUGCAGUACGCUUAGCGACUAACAAUUUGGGAAGAGCCAGGGGGCGCUUUUGUUUCUAUUCUAACUCUGCUUUCUGAACUUGAUCUUGAAGACAGCGCUACUUUCCAGGUGUGUGUUCCUGGUGAGUAGGGAGUGAAUCCUGGGUUUAACCUCUGAGAUUCCAAAAGAAGACUGAAACAUUUCUGGCAACCCCCUAAAACAAAAUAAAACCCUCUCUCCCUUUUUUAUUUAUCAAUCUUUUCCUCAGACUUUUUGUAGCUUUUGAUACUUUGCUGAUGCUAUGUUUAUAAAACUCUUUGUAUGGGCACCUUUAUGCCAAGCACGAUUCCCGUACUUUUUACAAUCUGCCUUUUUAGCUCCUUCACCAGCUCCUCUUCUGUGUCUUGCUCAGCUGUGGGAACCUCUCAGAAUCAGUCCUGAGCCUUGGUGAAGCAAUUUGUAAUUCUCUGCCCUAUCACCCUCCCUAUCCCCAAUAUGACAAAGAACUAAUGGGGCCAGUAGCCUCAUUCUGUUUAAUUGUUCACAUUUUUGUCUCUGCAAGUGAAUUAGGAGCUUUUUGAAGGUAGGGACUUGUUGUAUUCUUCCUUAUACCUAAAGAGUCUGUAAGAUAGGAAAUAGUAGGUGAAUGAAAUUGCUUUUAACACGACCUUUUUCUUAGAACUCAUUGGCUCUUCAUUCAUCUCUAGAACUUCUCGCCUUUAUAAAGAUGACUCCCAAACCUUAUUCCACACCUGCCUAUGCCUUGCCCCAUUUCACCCCUCCUCCUCCAACACACAGGCGGUGCACAUCCAGCAUCGUGACUCUUGUCUGGUUUCUGCUCCGACCUGUUUCCUAAGUCUCAUCUUUCAUGCAUGUGAACCUAGUGAUCACCUAGGGGUUCCUAGAUCUCAUUUCCAAGAUUCCUUUGAUUGGAGAUCUGAACAUUCAUUCAUUUCCAUAGGUCUGUAAUUUUCAUCUGUUUCCUGUUGCCUGUUGUGCUGAACUAUAGAUAGAUUUGUGGACGAGUUAAGAUGCCCUUGUACAUUGAUUUAGAGUCUACCCAGGUAGCUGCAUGUCUUUUUCUGAACUUCCAGGAUAAUUACUACUUCAGAGUUCAUACCAAUAAUUCAAGAUAGCCUGCACAGUAUUUGAGAGGCAUUCUGUUAUGAUAAAUUCUAGAGAGUGGUUCUUUAGAUUUUUGUGUUUCAUGGAUCAGAAAAAUGUAAAAAACAACAACAACAACAACAAAAACAGGUGGGGAGGAAAUCGAUAUGAUGUCAUUAAGAAAACUACUACCUAUACCACUUUCAUUUAAUAAAACACUUUUUUACAUCAGAAAAGUUGGGGAGAUACGAUCUCAGUAUAAGGCUUCACCUUUUAAAUUGAAUAGAUUAAGCUUGAUUUUAGAACUUUAUGUUAGAUUUAUUGCUGUCAUUUUGCCACGUGCAAUGGAACUUCUGUUGUGAAUCAGAACUGACUUGUGGCCCAGCCUCAGAACUGCGCUCUAGACAAGCAAAGCCCGUGGACCGCUGGAGAGGUUCUCACGGUGCUCUGGCUUGUGAAGGACUGACUGCGGCAGGCCGUGCUCUCCAAGACAGCCCCUAAUCCCACCUCACAAGCUCUUCUUGCGGUGUGGUUGGGACGUUCCUCAGGGAGAGAUGGGUCUCUGUUCUCCCCUCUUGGAUCUGGGCAGGCCUGUGAUUACAGCGAAAGUGAUUCCAUGUGAUCUCCAAGGCUAGAUCAUAAGCAGGAUAUGGCUUCUGCCUAGUUCUCUUAAGAUGCUCGCUCUUAGAAGUCAGCCCGUGGAGAGACCUGCACGGAAAGGAACCCAGGCCCCAGGCCCCAGGCCACAGCCCUGGCUGAGCUCCAGCCAGCCAUCUUCCCCAACUUGCCAGGUAUGUAAGUCAUCCGGGAAGUGGAUUCUUCAGUCAAGCCACCGAACUGAUGCUGUAUGCAGUAGAGACAAACUUUCUCUGCUGAGCCCUGCCAAAAUGCAGAGCU